UAUUGCCAGCACCCUUAUUUUACAAAAGCGGAAACAGAAGUAGUAACGUACAUAUUCCACAUUUGGACACAUUCAAAUCAAAGUUAUGUAUUCAAAUAUUUUUGGGUAACCUAUGCUUAUGCAAAAUGUUAUCCUGGAAUAUUACAUGAGAUUAAAGCAUGUAGACCAUUUGGCACAAGCCUGGCAAACAACCAGUACUCAACAUUGUCCUUUAAUAUUGUUCCUAAUUUUCCACCUUUAUAGUCAAAGUAAAUUACUAUAAAAUUAUAUAUAUUAUGUAUAUAUAAGCUAACAAGUAUUAAUACUAUAAGUAAAGCCAGUGUAUUACUGUACCAACUCAUGCUCUUCAUCUAGACAAAGGGGAAUUUAAUUGUAAUAGAAUGAUCCACAAAGAAGCAGAGUGUUAAGUAGCUCCUAUCUCUGCUUAUUAAUUAAGAAUACAACCUCUACAUAGUCUAGCAUGAAUUAUAAUUACCAGUCAGCUGAUCCUAGAGAACUAGCUCAAAACGAAUAGUUAAGUACACCUCAAGCACGUGCACAAAUGGCCAUUUAUUUGGAAGGCUGCACCAACCACUCAAAUCUUAUUACUUCAAUACCGGUGCUGAAACUCAUUACUUGUCUCAUGCUGGAAAACACAUGUUUCAAGUCCCUACACAAAAAUUUUUUAAAUAUUCAAGUCAUUUAAACUGACAAUAUUACAGCAUCCACGACACAUCCAGUUUUUUAAAAAAACUUCAAUAGUCGCAGCCAACGCAUCAUUUAUUGUGAGAGGGAAAGACCGUUUUGGAGAGCAUAUGCUUUCUUAAGUAAAUAUUAAAAGUAACCCUCGCCCUCAUUACGAAAAAUGAGAAUCUUUGUGUUUCCCAGCUUAACCUCGAUUGGUGGGACAACGCACAGUCCCCCCCUCCCACGCUGAGUCACGCCUGAGGCGCACCGAAGCGGGGCGGGAAGAGGCACGGAACUCCCGGCCCCAUGCCUGAGGGUUACGGAGUGAUGGGUGAUGAUGGCUCUAUCGAUUACAGCGUGCAUGAAGCCUGGAAUGAAGCCACCAACGUUUACUUGGUAGUAAUUCUCGUUAGCUUUGGUCUCUUCAUGUAUGCCAAAAGGAAUAAAAGGAAAAUUAUGAGAAUAUUCAGUGUGCCGCCUACAGCAGAAACUUUGUCAGAGCCCAACUUUUAUGACACAAUAAGCAAAAUUCGUUUAAGACAGCAACUGGAAAUGUAUUCCAUUUCAAGGAAGUAUGACUAUCAGCAGCCACAAAACCAAGCUGACAGUGUACAGCUCUCGUUGGAAUGAAAUCUCAGACAAUGAGCAACACAAGUAAUUGUUAAACAGCACAGUAGCAAGCUCCUAAUUCUACUAAAUCAUGAACAGCAUUUUUUUAAACUUCUGUCUCCAUAAAAUCAUUUUACUUGUGACUUUUUCCCAAUUUUUUGUGUUUUGUAUUGCUUUUCUAAAUUGCGUCUCCAAGUCGGUUGUUACACAAAUAAAAAAUGGCCAGAAGGCCUGAAAACAGUCUGCACAUACCUAGGAAGACAGACUAUAACCAGAAUGGUGAUUUUAUGUUGUGAAGACCUUCGAUUUUUUUCAGGAUACAAUCAGUCAGAAAUGAAAACCCAUCUUGGAUGCAAGAAUCCAAAGCUUAUGCCACUAUGAUUUGAACAUUUUUGCAAAAUUAAAAAAUGAAAAUCCAGUCAUUGGAAUAAUUUUGUCUCAGACUGUAUUCUGUGAUGGAAAAUGGGCUAAUUUGUGUUCUUACUGUUGUUGUUACCACCCUUUAAUUGAGUUAACUAUUUGCUUCUUCAGAACUUGCACAGUAGACCAUCUUUUCUGCGUCAAGAAGCACACCCAUCUGCUAAUUGUGGAAGCUUUCUGUGACUGGAAUUUUUUCCCCUUUAAUUGUGUUCCUACGAAUUGGUUUGCUUUUUAUUUUUAUUUUUUUAAUCCCAUAGUUUUAUUUCUACCACAAGGGUCUUUAGGCCAUAUUGGGGCCAUGCUGCUGAAUAAAUGGGCACCUGUAUAUUGGAAUUAGCAACUUGGUUUACAGUCAUGGGACUAUUGAUGUUUAAUGUAACUGUCUGGUUUCUUACGCUUUUUUAGCAUAAGCUUCCCUGAAGACUCUCAUAUCUUGUACCAUUUCAUACUGUACAUUGAAAUGCUUUUACCUAACUUUUAAUAUUUAUUUAGAUAAAAGCUGGUUGGAGGUAGUGGCAAGGAAGUUUAACUGUCCAUGUAAAUGGCCAAGAAUUAGUUUUUGAAUCAGAGCUAUUCUUAAUUUUAAGAGUUAGAGUUAAUAUUUCAGCAUUACUUUCUUUUCCCUUUAUAAUUGUGAAAUAAAAGAAUAUAAAUUUAAAUGAAAAGGUUUAGACCAAAUAAAAUCAUUCAGGGAAACUGCAUUUACUUUUAAAAUUUAUAUCACACUCAAAAAUGUAUAUGUUGUAUAAGGUGAAUUGUUGACCAAAUGGAAUAAUUCUUUGUUAACUCACAAAUGAGUGAAUGCGCCACCUAUACAUAGAAUGAAAAACCAUGUAUAAUUCAAAGGAUUGUAAACAGUUAUACUCACAGACUGGGGGGAGCAGAGUGGCAAGGAGACAAUCUACUUAAACUUUGCUUUGCUCUUAGGAGAACCACUGUAUAUUUCCAUGAGCAGAGAAUGUAAUCAGGACCAGGAACAGUUUACUUGCUGUCACUGACUUGUGGCACAAUCUGGACAAAUUACAAAACCUGGCUAACUCAGAUGACUUGUAAAAAUAGUGUACAUAAAUAAAUAAAAAUUACUGUGAUUGGUUUUAUUUGCAUCCAUUAGAUAGAGGCAGUCAUAACUGAAAACUGGUAGAUCAUUUGGUGAGCAUCAAACCUUGCCAAAUAAGAGAGAAAAAUGAAUUCCUCUUUUUUGUCUAAAGCUAACUGAUGGGAAUCACUCACCCCCACUGGCAGGAACAACAGAGAGCCUGCCUUUGAAGUUUCUUCUCUGCUUCAACAGCUGAGCUGGAAAAGGGGUGGAAGGGUGCACACUUCAAAGCGGCACCAGCUGAUUGUUCUGCCUCUGCCCCCCAAAUCCACCAAGGAUUCAAUGAAAUUAUUUUCUUUGGAAGAAAAAUGGAAUGACUAAUAAACUGGUAACUAACACGUUCUC